AUGGCUCACCUUCUAUCAGACCAGGUCAAGCAAUUGAAAGACAUUUUCUCUCGAUUUGACAUGAAUUCCGAUGGCAGCCUCACUCAGUUCGAGCUGGCCGCCCUCGUCAGAUCCAUUGGUCUCAAGCCGCAAGGUGACCAGAUCCAUUCCUUGUUAUCCAACAUCGAUUCAAAUGGAAACGGAUCAGUUGAGUUCGAGGAAUUAUUGAACGCGAUUUUGCCCGAUUUGAAUGAGGAAGUCCUGAUAAAUCACGACCAACUCAUGGAGGUUUUCCGAUCGUUUGACAAAGAUGGCAACGGAUACAUCACGGCGGCGGAACUAGCUGGUCAGAUGGCUAAAAUGGGUCAACCGCUGUCGUACAAAGAACUCACGGAGAUGAUGCGUGAAGCCGAUGCUAAUGGUGACGGCGUUAUCAGUUUCAAUGAAUUCACGACCAUUUUGGGAAAAUCGGCGUCGGACUUCUUUGGCGUCACGGCGGCGUAG